CCCUAACUACGUUCUCUCUCCUUCCCUCCUCUCUCUCUCUCUCUCUCUCAAUCUCUUCCCCUGCUCGCUCUCUCUCUCCGUUAGGGUUUCUCGAUCUCGUUUUUCGAUUAUCCGAUUCUCUGCCCGAGCUCGCCAGAUCAAGAUUCGUCGCUUUGUCAGUGGGCUGGAUCACUAACAGCACAUCCAAAACCUAAAUAUUGUUGGAGUGAUCAGCAGAGUCAAACCAUUUUGGUUUUGGUUGAUUUACAGGGUAGAUAUGGCUUUGUUGCAUAUGUUGGAAAACUGGAGCAGAUUGCCAUGUGAUUGCUCUCGGGGAUGAUGCUGAUUGGUAUCUUUUGAAUUUUUUAUUUGAAACUGCUGUUAUCAUCAUUAAUCCUGGGAAGGAAGCACAUUCAUCCCCUGAGGACCUUUUGUAUCCAUGCUGGCAGAGAGCAUGCGUGGAAUCUGUGCUUCGGGUAAUGCCCCUGACGAGAUUUGUUACCGAUGCUUUCGGUGUGGCGACAAUUUGUCUAGUUGCAAUCUUGAUUUUUCUGGGUUUGCUGUGCAUUGCUUACUUGUUUUACUUCCGCUCUCGUGUUCGUAGUCAAGAUUUCGUACAACUUAGUUAUUUUGGUGGCCCUUGGAUAAUCCGAAUCACGUUCAUUUUGUUUGCAAUCUGGUGGGGUUGUGGUGAAAUUGUUCGGUUAAGUUAUUUAAGACGUGAGGGAAAAGCUUUGAAUGCUCUUGACUUAAAAUGGCAGGAAAACGUCUGCAAAGGCUAUGUUGUCUCAAAUCUAGGGUUUGCAGAACCUUGCUUGUUCCUGACUCUUGUGUUUCUCCUCCGGGCACCAUUACAGAGAAUGGAGUCUGGAAUUCUAAGCCGAAAAUGGAAUGGAAAAACAGCCGCCUAUGUAUUUCUCUACUGCUUCCCAGUUUUCAUUCUUCAGCUCAUCAUUAUUCUAAUUGGACCCAGGUUACAGAAGGAUAAGAAUAACUUACAAAAGUUGCCCCGUUAUUUCACGAGUACUUCUGCUACUUCUGUGGAUAUUGCCCUGUGCACUUACCCUCUACUCAGCACUAUCCUUCUAGGGCUUUUUGCUACUGUCCUAACUGCCUACAUGUUUUGGCUGGGAAGGCGGAUUUUGCAAUUGGUCAUCAAUAAGGGUUUGCAGACAAGGGUUUACACAUUAAUAGUCUCAGUUUCCAGUUUCCUUCCUUUAAGGGUUCUUUUACUUGGUUUAUCUGUUUUAUCGAAACCAGAAGAUGUUCUGUUUGAAGUUCUUGCGUUCUUUGCUUUUCUUGCCCUUUUAUUUUGUGCUGGGGUCUGUAUUUUUAUGCUUGUAUACUGCCCGGUUGCGGAUUCUUUGGCUCUGGGGAAUCUACAGGACUUGGAGGCUAGGAGAAGAUUUAUUGAUGAUCAUAAUGACACCAUAUCUCUUGUUGCUAACCAGUGCCACACUGAUGAAAGUCUUGAAAUUAGCCCUGGGAGAAACUCUGACACCUCGACCAAGCGCGGGUCCAUCUCUUUUCGCAUGUUGGGAAGAGAUGGGACUUCCAGUAGCCCCUAUGUGGAACUGAGUCUCUUCUCUCCCAGCUGCAAUGCAACACCACCAGGAUCACCUCCGCUUCUGGGCUGGCCUAUGCGCCAGCCGGGAUAGGUUUAUGAACCUUAAAAGCAAGCAAGAACUCGCGGUGAAUAUCAAUUUUGUGGAAAAGAAAAAAAACUGAUUGUAAAGGCUUUAGCUUCAAUAAGGAGUUUUUAUUCUUGGUUUGUGUUUUUCUUUUUUUCUUUUACUCUACAUUUAGAUAUCAUGGUUUUUGCUUGAUGGGAAUUUAUGAUCUUGUUAUUUUUCUUUGUGUAACAUUUCUAAAA